AUGACAGAAAAAUUAACUUUUUACAUAGCGCCAGACCCUUCUUGCCCACAUCCUUUUAAGCCACAAUAUAUAGACAUAGAACUAAAUAGAGAAAGCGAAAUUCCACAAUAUAUAUACAUAGAACUAAAUAGUGAAGGCGAAAUUCUACAAACAGAAGAAAGCGAAAUUCCACAAACAUAUAGAGACCUAGAUAACGAAAAUGGAUAUGCGCUAUUCUGGUUAGAUUGUCCUUAUAAAAUGUAUGAAAAAAAGGCUUUAUAUGAAGAAUAUAGAAAAUAUUGUCAUGAAAACGAUAUAAGACCAAGCUCUAGAGAAAAAUUCUAUGCUGGUAUAAAACAUCUUUUCGAAGUUCGGAAUGGCAAAUAUAGAAAGAAAUAA